CAGUUAUUUCUUCCAAGAAGACUGUCAGAGUAGGACCACUUAGAUUACGUCUUCAGGAUGAUUAGGGAAGUUGUGCUUGUAGCAUUGUAUAUGACAUCUAGCCAAGCUCUAGGAACCAUCUUCACGCACAUGGUAGAAGAGGACGACUCUCUGCUUGAAGAAUGGUUUGUCCAAUACCAAUCGGUAAUAUUGCAGGAGUGUGCCUUGCGGUGCUACACUGACACAGAAUGUUCGUUCCUAUCUCACAACAAUGGCAACUGUCACCUGUUUACCCAUUACAACGUUACAUCAACCAUGAAAGUCACCGUCCUUGGAAUGAAGACCUUUAUGAGGAAUUGGUGUCCCUCCCAAUACAGCCGCGUGGGAGACUCCUGUUUGCGAUUUUCGGAUACUUUGGAGAAGAAUGUCGACGCCCGAAGCCUAUGUCAGGAGGAGGACGCACGCUUGUUGUCCAUCGCCACCGACAGCAAGAUUCAAAUGAUCAUAGACUUCAUUGCUAAUAACGGUAUGUACUUUUUGAAAGCAAUCGUGCAGAUAACGAUAGUUUUGUAAUUUUGUAAA